CGCGAAGAGGCGUUUCUGGCGGGGCGGGCCGGGAGCCGGCGAUUGAUCGCAGCGGGUCACGCCGGAGCCUGUCGCGGGGAGUGCGGGGUCAGCCGUGCGCACCGUGGCCCUGCGGGAAGGAGACUUUCUUUCCCCUGCCAUUACCCCGCUCGCCUCCCUCCGCCGCUGAAGGUCCCAGGCCUUCGCCCUAGGAGCGGGGAAGGGGCCGCCCCGACAUGCGGGGAACGGCUGGCAGCACACCCUGCCCUGAUCUGCCUGUGCAUCCAGGCAGUUUUACAGCUGUGUGCUUUCGGGUGACCAGCCCUCCCCAUAUCAGGGGCUUUGUCUUGUGUGCGUAACUCUGGUACCCCAUUAAAAAGUGUCCCGGUUUUUCACACUUGCUAUCUGGUCACCCUAGCUUCAGACGAUGAGGUGCCUCGGUGGCUUUCGUCUCCUUUUUGGUUUAUACAGCGCCCCGAACCCGUGAUGUCACUGCAAAGCACACAGUCUUUUUUCCAAAGAUUUCUUCACUGGGCAGAUAUUUUGGACCCUACAAUCUUACUGAAAUCUAAUGAAGAAAUAGAAAAAUCCAGAUUACUUUUACAAACCGGUGCUCAGACUCUUCAAGAGCCUUUACGGGACAAAAAGGUAAAACAAGCCUGGAAGCUAAGUCUGUCCUCUGUGCAUCCUGGUACUGGCGAGAUAAUUCCUCUUGUGUUUAGACCACCAGCUUUCCUGCCCUUAGUCUCCCCAUUGGUUUUUGCUAGUUUACUACCACACAGAGGAGCAAAGCAAGCAUUUAUUUGGCAGUUCCUGUUUCAUGCAUACGCUGCUGGAUUCACCAUAGCAAAUGGAAAUGCUACAGCUAAAACUGAAGAAAUGGCAUUGCCACAAAAGCUGCCACAAAAGCAACUCCUUCUGAGCACAGGUGCCGUCUCUUAUGCAGCGUGUAUGGGAGCAUUUCCUCACUUUCUCAUGACACAAAAUAGACUGAAUAGUCCUUCUAUACAAAUGUUCUUCAGAAAAAUUUUACCCAUUCCACUUCUUGCUUGCCUGAGUGCAUUUAAUGUGAUGAUUGUCCGAGAAACUGAGUAUGAGAAUGGAAUCGAAGUUAUGGACAAGAAUGGCAAGGUCGUUGGAGUGUCACAAAAAGCUGGGUUGAAGGCAGUACAAGAAACAGCUUUAUCAAGAGCAGCCUUUUUUGGGACAGCAGUUAUUAUUCCGGAGUCUCUUCUAUACUUCUUGCAACGCACAAACUUUUUACUCAGAAAUCCACACGCUUUGACUCCACUGAGACUGCUUAUGACUGUUUCAGCAUUGGGUGCGUUAUUACCAGUUUCAUUCAGUGUAUUCCCGCAGUUGGGAGAGAUAAAACGAGAUGACCUUGAAAAAGAGAUUUUGACAUCCACAGAAGAAACUGUGCUUUUUUACAACAGGGGAGUUUAGGAAAUGGCUUUAACUUAUAAGUGUGCUUUUGAUCAAACUGAAUUUGUACGUCCAUACAAGGCUUCAAACCUAAAUCAAUCUGUCUAGUGUAUUUUUGAAUAAUGAAGUCAUGGGGAAGGCCUUCAGAUUGGGCUUAGAACAGUACAUUUUCAAAUGGACAGACUAAUCUAAACCAUCUGCAAGAUCCACCAUAGAAUCCUGUGUGUGAAAAUAGCUUAAUAAUGCCUAUACUUUAUAUGUGAUUAACUCCAGAAAGAGAAAAAUAUUGUAUAACUGUACCCAUCAGAAACAUCCAGCAUUCUGUACUUUCUCCUACGGCAAUGUGGUUGAUUCCCUACUUAUUAAAACCUAUAACUGCAUAU